GAGGGGGAAUGCGCCGUCACGUCAGUAUUCCGCGAACCAUCGACGAGUGUAGUUCGUGUCUUUGUUCGUUCCAAUUUUUUUGUCAUCAGUGACUAUAUAUUCGUGUUCGUAAUUUGAUAACCGAGAACAUCGUGAGUCAUUAAAUUUAUCCUCUGUUUUAUCAAUAACACUAAUAAUUUGUAUGAUUCGUCGUCCAUGAACUUUUCGUACGUAACCUUUUCGUCGUUCGUUCAUUGAAAGAUGAUGCAUGGUCGGUAAUGUCGCUGAUUAAGGAGUACUGACUACCAUUCGAGUAAACGUUGAUAAUAAAUGAUAGCAGGCAAAUUUCGCGAGGCGUUAUUCGAGAAAUGUGAGCGUUGACAAGACGAACUUACGCGCGAUCAACGAUUUUGCGCCGCGAAGCGCGAACUACGACCUCGUUGGUCAACUCGAGACGAGUAAAACGAGACGGCGUGGCGUCUGUAUCAGCAAACAACGUAGCUGCAUCUCGCGUUCGGAUUGAAACGCGAGUGAGUGGUUGUUGGAGAGUGAUAAGAGAGGCGGGAUGAGUGCAAGAGAAGUCACCCUUGUUGGAGGCUCUCCGUGGGGAUUUCGUAUGCAUGGUGGGCAUGACCUGCAUCAACCCCUUCGUAUCUCUAGGGUUAAUCCAGGCAGCAAAGCGGCUCAACAGGGGGUGAGAGAGGGUGAUUUGAUUAGUAGCAUAAAUGGAAGAACUACCCGGGAUUUAACGAACAGCGAAGCACAUGCACUCUUACGAAACGCUGGAGAACACUUGAAACUCGGUUUAAAUCAGGAAAAUAUUGGCUCUCCAAAACGACGAAUUUAUAGAAGUAGUUUACAAGAAAAUACUACUAGUGAAAUUCUCAACAAAACAACGACAACGAAAACUACGACUACAUCGAAUACCCAGAUUAUAACGACCGAUACAAAGAAGAACGAAACAAAUGAUACAAAAUCUGACCAAAGCUACGCCAAUCAGAACGGUGAACCGAAGAGUUCCUUGAUCCACCAACGAAACGAAACCGAGAAAAGAGUUUGCAAAUUCUUGGAGUACGCUACCGACAACGAAGAGAUAAACAUGCCACACAGUGCGCGAAACCGCAGAAAUCGCAAAGGUCGCAACAACAGAAGACCCUCUCAAAGGCAGCAAACUCUGGAUAAAGCUACGAAAGAUAACAACGCCACCAUAGAAAAUCCAAAGAGCAUCGAGGAACACGAAGAGAAUCUUCACGAACCUAAGACGAGCGCAGAUACGAAGACGAACGACUCCGACUCGGAGAAUACCGUACACAGUGGCGAAAUUCAACAGAAGAAUGUCGAAGACGAUGAUGUAAACGUGACAAAGAAUUCAGAUAACGAAAUUACCUCAAAGGGAGUUAUAUCGAAGUCUCAUAGAUACGCGAAAGAAGAAAGGUGUCGAAUCGAGAUAGGCACAGUGCAACCUGGCAUCAAAGUUAUGAAGAUCACAACGAUCAGUAGUUCACCUCUGGAAGCAAAAAUCGAUCAUAUUCCUGGUGUCGGUAUCGUAGAGACUGGUAGUAAAGAUAAGAUGCCGGAUAACGAGGGUAUUGUGACAAUUUCCGAACCUGUAGACUCUUUCUCUUCUUCUACGACGAAAAUGGACAGGAAGAACGAUCUGAAUCAAGAUUCGAUGUUGACUGACAACAAGCUGCAGAUUCGUGAUGUCAGCGACUGCGACACGGUAGAGACCGAUAACGUUAAACCAGUUAUCGUUGAAAUGGAAUCGGACGUGGAAAGGGAGCCAACGGAGCUAGCUACGCGGUUGGAAGCGGAUUUCGAUGACUCUGAUGCGUCGAAGCAAGAUUUUGUGGAACCGAGGCAUGUCUGGGACAGCGUGAUGCCGCACGACGUGGAGAGGAAAUUGAGGAGCUUCAUCGAGAGUCUAAAAUUGCCGACUUACGUGGAGGACGUCGUGGAACCAACGAAGCCAACGGACCACGAGCGGAUCAGUGGCUCGACGCAUAAGAAGGUAGUGAGGAAACGCGCCACUUUCGAAGCGCAACACGCGCACUUACAGGCGGCUAACAGGUUUUUGGACAUCAUUCAAGAGGAGGGCGAGAAACUGUCCGAAGACGAAGAGCAGCAUAUAAGAGAUUUUAUUAACGAGGAGAUUGGGAAAUACCGAAGGAAAGAACGCUGUUCAGAAAGUGUAGAACAAAAAGAGGAAUUGAUGCAAGAAAUAAGAGAGGAGCACAGUGUGAAGAUAAAUGUGAUCAACGUGGACGAAGAAAUGUCUGAGAAAAAGGAAGAUGCUGAUACAAAGAAAGAUGCUGAUAAACAGGAAGAUGUUGAUAUAGGAAGAACAGUAAAAUUGGAUAGAGUGGAAACGGAGCUUGAUACUAGAGAAACGAGGAAACCGAUUGACGAAGAUGAUGAAUCGCAAAAGGAUUUAAAGAAGGAGAACUUAAAGCUGAAAGAAGAUAGUGAUACGGAAGUGUUAGAAGGAAAAAAUGUUAAUGUUGAAGACGAGUCUGUAGGAAGUGAGUCAUUCAAAAUAGAGGAAUUGGAGCAAAGUAUAGAAGAAGAUGAAGAAAUAUUAGAGAAAAAGGACGAUAAUAAUGGAAAAAUUGAGGAAGUGGUAAGCGAACCAUCGAGUAAUGACAGUAUAAGUCAAAGUGAUUUUAAAUUGAAUGUUGAAGAUGAAACUAGUGGUCUAAUGUUAUUUAAUGGUGAAAAUAAUGAACUUAAAGUUUUGAAUAGUAAGCAAUUAAACGAAAAAUGUGAAACAUUAACUAAUGAUGUUAGAAUAAAAGAAGUAGAGGAAGUAUCAUUUGUUGAAGAAGGUAUAUCGACAGAACAGAUGUCAGAAAAGCAAUCAGAAAUUUCUGAUGAUUUAAAUAUCAGUGCACGUUGUACAAUAAUACAGGUUCAAGAAAACAAAAAUGAAGAAUUAGAACUGAAUAAAAAUCAAGAUACUUCAAAUGAAAUAUCAGAAGAAUCAAACAUCAAACAGUUAGAAACGGAUGGUAAUUGUACUCGUUUGAAAAGUGAAGCAUUAAUUGAAAAGCCUGUUGGAGAAGAAAAAUUGGAUUUAGAAAAUAAUAUACAAAAUUCUGAAACAAAUAUAUUGUCAGAGGAAACUGAAGAAUCAAAAUCAAUUGGUGACGAUAAUGGUUCCAAAAACGGAGCAUUGUGUGAAAAAUUGGUAAAAGAGAAGGAAUCAUGUAUGAAAGAUGAUGUUAUGAAAGAUUCUGAAGUAAAUCCGUUGCCUGAAAAUCAAACGACUGAAGCGAUUGAAAAUGGAACAAAAAAGAAUGGAGAAUCAUCUUAUAAAAGUGAGAUAAAGUCCGCAAAAGUCAAUGAAGAAUCAUCAUACGAAAUAACAUCUGCAGAAAUGAAUGAAACAUCGUCACAAUACGAAACAAAACAUAGAGACGUCGAUAAAGAAUCAUCGAAUGAAAAUGAAACAAAAUCUAUAGAAAUUAAUAACGAAUCAUCACAAUCGAAAUAUUCAUCUGUAGAAAAUAUGCAAAAUGAAAGAUAUACCGAUCCAAAAAACAUUAAUAUUUCCGAAUCAAGCAUAACGAAAAGCGUAAGCGAUGAAUUAUUAAAAGAACAAUCCUGUUGCAUAGAAAGGAAAUACUCAGAAAUUCAGACUCCAGUAAACGUUGUAUCAGUGAUAAAGACAAAACCUUGUACCAUAACGCCACCAAAGAGAUCUUCUAGCCUAUCAGACAUCGAUUUCCAAGAGAAAACAACGUAUUCCGGUAUUUACGAUCGUAAUCCUCCAACUCCUCCGCUUCGUCGAAAAAGGGAAGUCAAAAAGCUCAUAGACGAUCCUCCCAGUCGUCCACCUCUUCCGAAAGAACACCUCAGUACAUUCGAUGCAUCUGUCAGACAACCCUUGGAAAUACAUUCUUUGGAGACUCCAACGAUGUGCAAGAAUAUUGGCAGCCUGAGGACUUUAUUGACAAUAAUAUCCCGCAGUGACGCGUCCGUCAGAAAUAUUCGCGACGCUUUAAGCACCGUGGAUUCGUUGGCUCUGCCUGAGAACGUACGUAAGAUAAUCGAUGAUCUAAGAACAAGCGGGAGGAGGGCUUGUCUCGGGAGUGACAUUACCGAAUUGCACAAUUACCUUGAGAACGGCGCCGAGCUUGGCAAUGGAGCAACGCCUGAAAUAACGCAUGACUACUUGAAUCGUAACAUACACGAAAAAUCGUCGGCGCCCAAGUCGUCGGAGAAAUCUAAUGCGCACGAGCCGGUCGAACGAAUAGUGAAAAUGGUCAUAGAAUCGUCUAAGGACGAGCCUGAUCGAACAACAGUUUCUGAUAAAUCCAAUCAGAAGCAAUCCGAGAGUAAGAUCGGAACAUUAACAAAUGAAAAUCAGGGAAACAAAACUGAAUCGGAACAGCCAUCGCGUCAUCAUGUUAAUAAGGAGGUUAUCAAGAGUGAAAUGUCGAGCACGAAGACGAUUGUAACGCAAAAAAACAUAUCAACCAUGCGUAACUUCAGAUCGCGUAAUAAUAAAGUUGAAAAUUCAAAAGAUACCAGGGAGUUAACUACUAGCGAGGAAGAGUUUGAAGAAAUAUACAAAUAUUCCACUUCAAAGGACAAUGACGAAAUACAGUCUUACGUUCGUAAAAUUAGCAAGCACGAUAAUCAUGAUCAGAAGGAACGUGAAAAAUUCGAUAGCCCAUCAGAAAUAUUAGAUCCUAUUAUAAAAAUCCAUCCUGAGCAUUUCAUGGAUAAAGAGAAGUUGGAGACAGUGGAUUAUCAAGGGCACGACUCGUCUAGCAGUGCAACUACUUUGAGUACGGUGAAGUAUAACCCGGCAGAUGCCUGGCAAGCUGAUAUUUAUUCGAUAAUAGUGGAAGAAGCAAGGAAAAGCAAGCUUAAGCGAGAGGCAGAGGAGAAAGUCGAAUCAUCUAGCUUGAAAAACAAACUUCCUUUACUGAAAAGGGAUGAAUCAUUUUAUAAUUCAACGAACUGUCACGAAGUUCCAGUGACACCUGAACCUAUACCCUAUUCACCUGUCGAAGAUCUGUGUUACGCGACCAUUGACAAUGAUGCGAAUUAUGUGAAGAAUCAGUCGCAGAAAGACGGAACUACUAGUAGACCAGAGUCUUUAAAAGACCUUAGCAUUAAGAAAAUCUUGUCGAUGCCGUACGGUUUUCACGUAAUCAACGAGAUCACGAUGCCUAAAUUUAACAUCUUUAAAAGUCUACGAUCUAUCCCGAAGUUUACUAAUAACGUAACGAAUGGUGAGAUUAGAGACAUUCCAUUAAAUAUGCAUGGAUCGCGGCAAAUGACCAUGGCCAAAGAUAGUUCGGGAACGUGGGUAGGUUUAUCGACGACUAAAGAUCCCAGAUUGCUCGUCUGCUUAUCACCGUCUCAGCAGAAAACCGCAAUAAAAACGAGCGCGGACAACUUACUGGAUCUGCAUAGAAAAUUCCUAAAUAGACACAGUUAUUUCGACGAGGAACCGCCUCCACGAAUCCCUGUUCCUAAAUAUCGAGUCGAACUGCUACCCAUCGACGAAAGUAACAAAGAAAGCGUUAAACGCGAAGUAAAAAUCGAAUUCUCCAAACCGACUGCUCAUGACGUUCGCACUGAAUACGAUAAAAGAUUAACUACAAACAGGCUGUUAGACAUUAUCAAAGAAAAUUCUGACAAUUCUAAACUUCCAUAUAGCACCAAACCAAAGUCGAGAAACGAAUCAAAGGUAAAGUUUGAUGAAUCGAGGCACUCCGACACAAAAUCGUCUUAUACAAAGUCGAGUACUCUUGAGAAUGGUCAGGAGCGUCUCAAAGUCACUCGCCUAUGCGACUGGUUGAACUUAGCAAGACGCGAACCCGUCAGUAAUGCGCGGCACGCGACAUCGCUCUCCGAUGAUUUAUUAAUAGAAUCGUCGGGUGAGGGAAAAGAGCGUGAUAAGAGUCGAUUCAGCGAACGAAUUCAUGGCAAUCAGUCGGAGGUUGCAAAAGAAUCAGGGUCAGAUAGAAUCAAGGAACAUGUUACUGGUAAACGAUCGACGCCAGCUCAUUUCAUCAACGCUCCUUUCAUCGUGAAUUCGCUCGAAAAACCGGAGCCGCCCGUCAGAAGUCCGACGCCUUUCAACAAGAGUCCCAUUACAUUGAACAGUGCUAUCAUCGACAAAUCGGCCGCGAUGCCAGACACUGCGGACAGGAGGACACCGCCACGAAGGACUAUCGAUCCGCGUUACAAUGUGAAUCCAGCGUUGAUCGACAAUAAAGUGGAAGUGCCACCGCGUCUGAAACGUGUGAUCAAGGUAGACAAAUCGUGUAUCGACACGACGAGUAUUUUCGAUCGAAAUCCACCUAGAAGUCAUCUGGAACCACGACGAUACAAGAGCGAAGAAGAAGAAAAUGUGAAACAGGUGGCAGCUACGGAAAUCAUGCAAAAUCUGAAAAAGCUUCAAACCGAGGCAGAAACUCAAUUGGAAGGUCAUCGAAAGUAUUCUCUACCCCAAGAGUAUUUCGUACAGCAGUUGAAAUACAUAGAGCUGCUGGAGAAUCAGUUGAAAAAUGUAAUAUUAGCCGAGGAGGAGGAGAGGGAAGCCUUUGAGACAUUCCAAACACACGCGAGGCAACAGGCGCAAGAGAAAGGCGUAACGAAGGAUGUACCAAAGAGACUUCUUUCUUCAGACAAGUCUUUUGAUCCAGUAAAUACCCCUGAGAUUAAAGAAAAAGCCUCUCGAGAUACUUCCAAUGAUGAAUCUUGGGUAGAGAGCCAAAGCUGGCAAGAGAAGUCCGAGGAAGUGAAGGAAAAUUAUUCGGAGACGAUUAAUAAACAUGGUCACAAGGAUUUUUUGAAGAAGGUGCAUCACGAGAACGGUUUCCACGAGGAGGAAUGUGAAAAGCGAAUCGAGCACGUGGAACAGCAUUCCGUGAUGACCAAGAAAGGUGACAAAGUUCCUGAAAAGAUGAAAGCGGAUCGAGUUGAGCAAGCGAGCAACGCUUGUAAAAAAGCACCUACGGAAAAAGAAACGACGAAGGACGAGCGUCGUUUUGGCAAAGAAAAUACGUCGUCCCAGAUGUCUAACUUGCAGAAAACCGUCAAAGUCGAAAAACCAAGUGUGUCCGCGGCCGUGGAGAACAGCGAAACGUUCCGACAGAAAAUGUACGACGAGUAUGUGCACAAGGUCCUGGAGCGAGAGGAACGGAAACAUCAUAAAGUGGUGAAAAUCAGCACUCACGAGAACAUUCAGAAAUUGAAGAAUAAUUUGGGAAAGAGUGACAUGAGCACCGUUGAAAAAGAGUUUAUCGAAAAAGCGAGGAACAGGUUAAAUAAAUUUGGGAUUAAUUUGGACGAAAGCGAAUCUGAAAGUGACAAAAGCGGUGGUAAAGGCAAACGUGACAAAAAGACGAAUGAGACGAAACAAGAAUGCAACGAGGAGGAGAAUAUCGUCAAGGUGAAAUGUUUGAUCGACGGGAAGGAGUUCGAAGACGCGAAAAAAUUACCGAAGCAUCUACAAGAAUUCCUUACAAUGUCCGCCACGUUCGACGAUGUAGGAUAUGGUUAUGAUUUUGACACAAGGCAAAGUGAUAAUGAGAACGAUCUUCUGCACGAGAUUGACAAUGCUUUGAAAUUCGGCAAGGGAUUUCUAUUUGGGAAAGAGAACGUUAUGUUCGCUCCCACGUUUAAAGCUUCUUCCGCAACACCAGGCGUUUGGUCACCUGGAAACGAGCCACCACCACCCCCAAAGGAACCGAGUCCUGGACAAAAAGAAUCUCCAAAAGAUACUGCAAUCCCUCCUGUCUGGACGCCUUCCAGCGCCGGUACCAGUCCAGUUCCUGAGAAAAAGGAAUUUCGACCGGUGCAAUUCGAAAGCCCUAUUCUGAGCCGAAAAAAACCAACGCAGCAAGAAAGUACACAGGAGGCCCCACCACCUUGGGAGACGGAAGAAGAAAAGAAAGAAACGUCACGAAGUUGUUAUGACAGCAGUACGCGAAUUGUCAAUUCGCAUUCAGCACCUUCGCAAGGAUUAAGUUCAUUAAGUUCAACACCUCAUCUGCCACGUGCCCAGAAUCCAACUAUAACACUGCUCCAGAAAGCAAGAGAGGGACAAUUACCGAAAGGAGCAGCCUAUCUGGAGGAGACCGAAACGAUAAAACGACCUCCGAGCGACGAAAAGCCGAUAAUUAGUCCAGGCGAGAUCAUUUACAACGUGAAGAAAGAGUACGAGAGCGAGCCAGAAACAGAAAAUGAACCGCCAAAGAAGAUGGUCGAUUUGGGUCCUCGAAAAUUCAAUGGUAUUGGCCCAACAUCUAAGGAGGGUAUUCCUCUCGUUUUAAGAUCGGAAGUCAAGGAGAAUAAUCAAACAAAAUGGUAUAAGAAAAUGUACGACUCGUUGCAUCGUGCAGACAGAAGCGAUGACUACAUAACCGUUCAUUACAAACAAAGAAGAGGGACGAGAUAUGGUUACGAAAGUGGCAGUGGAUAUUUAAGCGAACCGGAACACCGUUUAUAUUCGGAUCGUUCUGUCACGCUCGACAACCGUCGGCGUCUACGUAACAAGGAAAAUGAUUUUGCCACGUCGACAAUGCCCAGAAAGAAUGGCACAUUAAAAUAUACUUCAGAGAUUUAUAAAAAUCAACCUGGACGCAUCGAGGAUUACGAACCUGGACGGUCAUCGAUCGCCGAAAAAGAAGCCAAGGAGUGGUGGGACGAGGUCAUGGAUAUAUUUGACGGGUGGUUGAACGAGAAUGGACAUCCCCAGGGUAUGGAAAUGAAGGAGCUCCGAGAUGCACAGCUGAGCCACCGUGCUCUGAGCCUCUCCUACCGACCGGAGAGCAGUUACAAUCCUUUUGAUCAGCGCAAUAGUCGUCCAGUGAAACCAUAUAUGUCACAUGCUCUUAAAGAAUCAGGAUACGAAAGCGAUUCUACUCUGGUGUUCCGUCGCAAGGAAGAUAUCAGCCCGCUGAGUCAAGUUGAACAAAGACUGGCCUAUAAAACUGUUCAAAGCGGUGGUGACGUACCUCUUCAUGGCUUUCGUAAACCCGCUCCAGAACGACCAAAGGACGACACGGGGAUCGAGUAUUUUCUGAUCUCGCCCACUUUGACACGGAUCCGUGUUCAUCGAAAAAGUAUCUCUGCUACUACACCUGCUUCGUCAUCAACCACUUUGUCGCAACACGAAAGAUUAUCCUCCAGUGAGAGUGGAAUGACCAAGAAAAUGGACGUUCGAUCAACUAUCACAAAAUCAAAGUGUCUCAGAGAUGACAAUUUUACCAAUCCACAACUAGGUAGUAGAACAGUCUCAAAUGUGGUCACAGGACCUCCUUCUCCACCUCGAAGACAAUCUUCUAGAAACAGCAAAACAUUGAAACUGUAUGCAUCAACUGCAUCAAAUCUCAAACAUCAAACCAUGGAUAACACACAAUCUUUUAAAUCAAGACACAAGCAAUGUUUUACAGAAGAUGGAUCCAAGGUUAAAUCACUGAAAGAACGGUUUUGCAGCAAUCUUGACAGGUUCAAGCAGAGUCGAAAAAGUCUUUCAACUUCCACUUUAUUUCGAACGUCCUCUAAUAGCUCGAUCUCGCCUCGGUCUAAAGUUUCUACUUCAGUGUCAAUUCCAUUGAACAAAAAGAACUCGGAUUCAUGGUUGUCACAAAGUUUACUCGACACAGCUACGGUGGAAAGUUUCGCGGCCGAUAAAAGCCGAACUCGCGUUUGCGUAGAUACUUCUUCUUCGUGGAAAAUUGGUUACGGAUAUUCCGCGAAACCUGACUUGAAACGUGGACUUGAACAUAAAUCAUCCUCUUCUUCGAAGAUGGCUUCGAAAUAUGUAGUUCCUUCCCCAACAAAGUCAAAGAAGUUGCAUUCUAUGAAUGAAAUCGGUAAUUCUAUAUCUUAUCUUAAGAAAACUAAUGUUAGAGGGAGGUUAACAAGAAAAGAGCAGGAAGAAUCUUCUAAAAGACUCGCCAGGUCACCGGUUGAUUUAUCUUCCAUAGAAAAUAGGAAGCAUUUGCAGAAAUAUAGAGACAAAAGUAGCAAAGAUGUUCGCACGACAGUAUUACCAUCAGGAGCUGUUGUCAAAAGUUCCACGACGAUGUAUUCUGCAGCUUUAAAUAAUGCAAAGCAGAGAAGUCCGCAAGACAAAUCUUUGAAAGUAAUAGUUACUGUGUCUUCUAAAGGACAGGAAAUAUUAAGAAACCCUGUAGACUCAACUUCAACAGCAAAAUCAACGUUUGCUUUAAAGUCGUCUUCAGCCACAUCUUCCCCAUCAGUUGUGCAUAGAUCGGUAUUAACAGACACCAGGAAACCUAGAACGAUAGUCAGACAGCAUGAUAAAAUAGGUUCCAGCAGGAAGUUUACGUCCUCGUCUGAUGCAAUUAGCGAAUCAUAUACAAAGAAGGGACUAAGACCUCAUACCAUCGCCAAGUUUCCUACACAAAAGCCAGAAACCAUAAAAAUUAGUCCUGACUCGACUAAAAAAAAACUUGAAGCAAAGAAGUCGAAGAAGGACAAGAACGAAGUUACUACGAGAACGAAAAAAGUAACAACUGGACAAAAGUCAGAUUCAAAAAAUGAGAGUAUUAAUAAAACUAAUAUUGAAAACGAGGAGCCUAAUAUUAAACAGAAUCCGUCAUCAACAGUGAGUAAACAAUCACCCAUAUUAGCUAUAGAAAAAACUAAGAGACAUCACGAAGUAGCAUGUUCUGAUACAUUUUUCCAGAAUCUCUUUUUAAAAUCAGUUUCCUCAGCUGUUUCAAGUGAAAAUGUCUCUUUUAAGAGAUACAGUGUUAGUGAACGAGCGAGGAUAUACCAAGAAAAUAUCAGAGAGGGUAGCAAAUCAGAACCUUCACUAAAAGCUUUGAGUAUUUACUUAGCUCACAAGCGUCCAGUAUCAGAUUCAAAAUUCAAAAACUGGGAACGUGAGAGUAUCUCUUCUAGGAGUUCAAGCCCAUACGGUGUCAGCUGGCCUGGAAGAUCUGUAUUUCAUAAAGUGAGCAAGUUUGACAGUCUUCUAGGUAUCGAAGACUUUGGAUCAUCGAGUAUUUUACAUAAUCGAAGCCCAGACUCGGCAAAAGAGCGUUUGAAGGAAAGAAGUUCAAGUGAGCCGCCCUUGAAGACCUUGCCAGAACAUUCAGGCUCGAAACACUCAUCUUCACGAACUUCUUCACCAUCUCCAGUUAGAUCACCAGCCUGUAGACGCAUUCGUACAUUGAAGCAAGAAAAAUCAGAAAUUCCUAAUACAAUUAUCGCGAAGAAGAUUACAAACAAAAGUGCUGGAGAAACUAAAGAACUGCAAGAAAUCCGACCUAAGUUUGGCUCUAACUUAUCAUUGAGCACGAAUUCUCUGUACACGUCACCAAUUGGUCAUGAAGAGUAUCAUCAAUAUGUACUGGAAAAGUUACACGACAGAAGGAGAUCGAAAAGGUAUCAGGAACUUCACGAUUUCUAUUCGAGCCUUGAAAGAUUAGGCGAAUUGGAGAGGACUUUUUCUACCAACGACUUACGACCAAGGAUGAAAAACGAAGAAAUUAUAGAUUAUGAUAGAUGGAAGAAAGUAAGGUCGCACGAGAGAGCUGAAGUCGAGUUCAGUGCUCUGUAUGGGAAGCUGAAGGCUGUUCAGAGGAACAAAGACUUCUUGUUCAGCACCAAAGAUAUUAGUAAGUUUAAAUGGCACGGUGACUGCAGCUUAAGGUGUAAAGAACGAUCUGUUGAAAAUAUUAUUCAACAUUUCAACAAGCUCCAAUUUGAAGAGAGCGAUCUAGAAUAUUCUAGAAGAAAAGAAAUCUCCUCGAGAAAAGAUAUGUAUAAACCGCUUUGGCGAGGCACUUCUGUACUAAACGUGGCAAGCACAAUGCAGAAGAAAGCGAACAGCUCUCAUAACGAGAAAUCCUUGGAUCAUACAGAUCAUCCAUUCUUACAAAGAAAUCUUGGUGGCAGUAAAAAAUUUUGGAGCAGUUUGUCUAUUGAACAAGUAGCUACUUUGAAGAAACAGCUAAACGAAAUUUACGGUAGCGAUAAUUUGCAGAGGUUUACACCUUCGACAUCUUCAAAAAUGAAUCCUGAAAUUACAGAACAACGACAAGAGAAAAUAAGAGAAACUGAUAAACACGAUUCUUUAUCGAAAUAUGAAAUUGUCGUUCCACCUCAAGUCGAAUCGCCUGAUGUUCGAGAUGAUGGGAAAGGUCUUCAUGUAAGAUGUCACUCUAUGAUCACAUCGGAUAUAUCUCCAAGGGAUCAGAAAUCGUUUACGGAUCGUCCAGAAUUGAAGUUGAAGAGAAGUGAUUCUAUUAGUCACGGGAAAUGUACAGAAAAAUUUGAAUCUGAUAAAACUCUAUUCAGAAUCCCUCCAUCUAUGAGUGAGUUAGAGAAAAAGAGACUAUCUGUGACACUUGGAAAAGAAGUUUUGUCAGUUCUAUCACUUCCAUUGGCUCCCCGUGAAACUCGAGGCAGCAUAGCAGCUGCAUUAGCGGCUAAGAAGAUGCCAAAAGCGACUCGUUCUGCGGCUACACCUAGCGUAACCAGCACAUCGCCUAGAAGCUGUUAUUCUCUGGAGCCGUCAAGUGUUGAAGAUUCUUCGAGAACAGACUUGGGGAUCAAAGAAAGCGACUUCCUAUUGGUCCUAACCCCAAACAGCAAGAGUCCAUCUGAUAGACAGCGAGUAGAAAACGUUUUGGAAGAAUGGUCCAGAAAACCUCCUCUUUUAACGAUUGCUAUACCUCACACGACUACUCAGACCAAAAUUUCAGCCCAAAAUUCUGGCAGUGAAAGAGACAGUAUGACUGAAAGUUCUGAAACAUCUGUAAGAACAGUUAUUCAACGAAAUAUAGAGUCUCAAGAUGUUCCAACGAAGAUCGAAUUCUUCGAAAACGUUGAUAAAAUAGAAAUUGAUCAAGAUCGUAGAAAAGCGGAGCAAACAAGAUCAAAAUCAAAAUUGAAAUCAGGAAGAUUGUCUUCUUCUCAAAGUUUUGCAGAUUUGAAAGAAUUAUUCGGUGAGACGGAGUCGGCAAAAUAUAGUACCUUGUCUUUGUCAAGGUACAGAACACGUUCUAUUUCCCCAAAAGCAUAUAUUACUGAGGAAAAAAAAGAAAGUAGCCCCGAUAGGGAAGUGGCCACGCGACCCUCGUUUCGCUCUUGUUCGUGCGACCGUGAACAUGAUAGGCCUCAGAGCAUUAGUCCGUGUCGUGCAACCAUGCGAUCGAAUUCAUCCUGCAGUCUCGAGAGCAUUUGGUUGCGUAGUUCCUCACCAGACCCGGGAAAAUAUUGGCGUGCCUAUUUAAAGCUAGUAAAAGAUGGUACGGUGAGACGUUUGAAGGCCAGAUUUGAAAGUGCCGAAGAUCUUCGUGGAAAUACAGUCAGGACGGUUCCAGUACCAAAAAGAUUUCAGAGCGAUCCUGAACUGGCCAGAUGUCUUCUGAGGAAGGUGGACGAAGGUAAAGUGAAGCCUCAUGAGUUUGCGGACGUAGCCUGGUUGCGUCGAAGGUACGAGCCUCGCAGAGGAAGAGCUCGCCGCAGAGGCGAGUCUCCGCCGAUUCCACGUGUUCCUCUGAGACGAGAGGACUUGUCUAUGCCUCACAUCGAUGUUAUCAGUAAGACAGCUGAAUUGAAGGAUUCAGCUACAACUUCUACUGUGACUAAUGCUAGGAAGGCAGAGACUGACGAGCUGGAGGCGAAAAAGUCUGUUGAACGUAUGAGAAAAAAGUUCGAGGAGUUUGCUACUCAAAAAACUUCGAUCCUGGGCGAAAUGUUCACCUCGUCGCCGAAUAUGCACGAGCUGAGAGAUAUCGCCCCUUAUCUAGCUGGUCAAUGGAUAGCACAUAGGUAUCCCAGUCGACGAGAUAACAUGCGCUCGUUGUCCUCGCCACCCAAUCUCGCUGUCAGAUGUGUUUCCUUGAAAAGUAGAACGAAUUCCGCUCCCACAAAGACACAGAUCAAUGAUAGAGGUAAAGUGGUAAACCAAGUUGGUGAACGCACCUUAUCAAAAGGUCCAUCGUCAAUUUUGAAACAAUCAGAUGGUUUUACCAGUCAACCGUUUGAUCCUGCUAAACACAGGCCGAGGUUUAGAUAUCAACCGCUUCCUCCGCCACUAUCGCCGACCGUUCCACAAAAAGCCACUUCUUGGUGGUCACCAAUUCCCAUCUACACUGCUCGACCAACUGUCACUUUCGAAGAAUACUCGAACGCACCUCCACCGCCGUCAAAAUCUCAGCACUACAGAGACGCCUGCCAAGAAUCACCGAGGCGUUAUGUGGAGGGUGAGGUGACAAUUCACUAUCGUUCACCAGUGCGUACAGAGGCAAAAGAACCAUUGAGCGAAGAAGAGCUUGCUCGUCGAAGCGCGGAGAAUAUGCGACGCGUUUAUGAAGAAGAACGUCGUCGCAAAUAUCUUCAGGAAUUACACGAUAUUAAUUCACGACGACACACUGACAACUUUAUACCAUCACAAAAAUCACCGAUUCCCUUGAAUCGUUACGAUGAUUUCGUGGAUGAUUUGAGUCACAGAAGCAGAUCCCAGGAGCAAACACCGGAACCGCGGCUCGUGGCAAAAGCACUUUAUAAUUUUAUCGGGCAAUCUUCGCGGGAAUUGAAUUUCCGUCGCGGUGACAUAAUAUUUGUACGUCGCCAGGUAGACAAGAACUGGUACGAGGGUGAACAUAAUGCUAUGAUUGGCCUGUUCCCAUCGAAUUACGUUGAGAUUUUAUCUUACGAUGGUAUGCGCACGACCCCAAAGAAACCUCACGAGGGUCAGGCACGAGCUAAAUUCAAUUUUGUCGCCCAAACAAAUCUCGAAUUAUCUUUAGCCAAAGGGGAAUUUGUGGUCUUAACAAGAAGAGUCGAUGAAAACUGGUAUGAGGGACGUAUCGGAAAUAGAAAGGGAAUAUUCCCUAUCUCCUACGUUGAAGUUAUGACAGAGCCUGGCCUUAGAUCAGAAACGCCAACACAAAACAAGCCAGUUGCCUCUCCAGCUGCGCAUAGUCUUUUGGCAAAUGGAUCAGUUGGGGGGAAAAUGAGUAUGGGAUCCCAUCACUAUAUGCCGUCCAUACCAGUUAACGUUAACACAACCCAGCCACAUUACAAUUCACUGCCACGGAUGGGCGGUAGCAAAUUACAUGUUUCACAACUUAACGAAGCAUUACAUAUCGACACCCAUUCUGAACCAAUACCAUACCGAGCUCUCUACAAUUACAGACCACAGAACGAAGAUGAGCUCGAAUUAAAGGAAGGUGAUACGGUGUAUGUGAUGGAGAAAUGUGACGAUGGUUGGUACGUUGGUUCCAGUCAAAGGACUGGUUACUUUGGUACAUUUCCCGGAAAUUACGUGGAACGAUUGUGAGAAAUGACAACAAGCGAUAUCGAACCGCCGUCGUUUACUUUUUACCAAAGCAGUAAAAAAUCGAAUCGUUAAUAAAGAUAAGUUUUAAAUGUUAACGAUAAAGUUCAACGAUACUCUUGUCACUACGGUCUUUUCCUAUUCGUAUAUUUUCAACGCUAAUGGAAACGUAAUAUAUAAGAUAAAAAAGAAAGAAUCAAGAAUGAACGCAUAAAUAUAUAAAAAAAAGACACAAGCUAAUCGAAACUUUAUCGUCGGAUUCACCAAAAAUUCAUGGAAAAUGAAAUCUAAACUUAAGGCUUCAUAACAUAUAUGUAGUGUAUAAUAAUAUUUAGUAAUUUACUAUACAACAUUCAUAAGAAACGUAUGCGUCAGGACGACGUUACCAGAACAUCGAAGUAGAAAAUGAACAUGAUACGAUUGGGUAUGUUUUAUCCGUAUAUCUUUAUCUAGAUCCACGAGUUAUCAAACCGGAUCUGUUCGUGUGAACGAAAUAAUGUAUAAAUAACAUGCCACUGUUCACAAACCCAAAUUCAUCGAAUCCACUGUUCGUUAAAACGAGAUCAUUGCGAAGGUUACAUUUGACAGGUCGGCACGAGGAGUUUUUAUCAAGCCUAUGUAACUUCUAUAUAAUUAUACAACCUUCGUCGAUCCUUCUAUCGGGAGGACUAUAUAGUUUCAGUAACGAACAAAAUCAUUCGUAUUAGCCGUUUAACUGAUCAAGCGACAAUCGUAUUGUAUAGUUUCUACCUACUUACAGAGAGAUGUUUGAGAUCGAAAGUCUACUGUAAAGUAAAAAAGAAAUCUUGUGUAAAAAAAAUAUAUAUGUAUUAAAUUGAGUAUAGUUCCCGGAUGUUAAUCCUCUACUGGUACAGUUGGGUUGUAGCCAAUUUACAGUUUCAGUUGGAUCAUUUCAUCAUAGAGUACUUCAUUUCAAUGCAUUAAGAUCAUUUAUAGAGUUUUUGUAAUAUAAGAUAUAGGACACAAAUUAAGAUAAAAUACCUUAAUUCUUUCAGAAUGUAAUAAAACAGUGAAGAAUUUGUAGUCUAGAAAAUAAUCAAGAUUUCUUGUAUUUCUCAGACAUAGAGAAAUAUUUAUUUUUAGUUUAUAAAAUUUCAGUAAAUUCUAAUAAUUACUUUAUCAAGCUUUCUUGUGUUUCUGACGUCAAAUUCAAUUUUUUUAACUCCAGUACACUUUAAUAAUUACAUCAUCAAAAUUUUUUGUACUCCUAAUAUCGGAUAUAAAAGAUAUAUAUUCCUUACAGCUUUUCAAAAUUUCAAAAAAUACUUUCAAUAAUUACGUUAUGUAUGAUAGUAUAUAAACUAUGGAAUUUUAAUGGGUAUCAUAAUUGACAAUUUUCCGCAUUGUUUGCAUUUUUCUUAUAUUACACUUUCAAAGAAUUAAAAUUAGGUGAUCUAUACAUGUUUUAAAUCUACCCCCAUCUAUUACGGUAAUAUAUAAUUCAAAGACACCAAUUAUGAAUUGUGUAAUCCUUUUUACGUUUUUUCAUAUAAUGGAAUUUUUAAAAUAGAUUAUAUACUAAUAAAAGGACACAAAUUAAAGUGAAAAAAGAUUAAGGAAAAGUCGACAAUGUAAAAAUAAAUAUGGAUUGCCGCUUGGUCAAAAACAUUCUGGGAAGCGAUGUUGAUUCUUCAAAGUUUAUUGGAUUACGAGAUUAAACCGAAUGAUUCUGUUUUACCUCCGUUAUACUUUUGGUUAUACACCAUUUUCUGUGACAUGUAAAUAAACAAGACGACCACGACGAUUGCAUAAAACUUUGCUAACGGCAAAUUAAAUUUGCGAUGUUAAAGAGUCUCUGGAUCAAUACAAUACUAUCACAGCGAAGCUUUCUAUGUGAAACUUUGUCUAUGAAAUUUUCACUACAAAAUUUUCAUUGCGAAAUUUUCACUUCGAAUAUUUUUCAUAUGUAUUAAAUUUGUCAAAUCUACCCUAUCAAAUUGCAUAAAAUAUUACUAAUUAUAUAAAUUUUAUAAAUUAUACAAAUUACAACAUACGUAAAUUCUGUUCUGCGACUAUAAAUCACGAGAGAAAAGAUAUUCGCCACCGAAAAAGGAGAUUAAAAAUUUGCAAUUUUAGCGGAAGAUUUUCGCAUCAUUUAUUACAGUAAAUUUACAGCUAAAAAAUAAUGUUCGCUGCCACCAAAAAUAUUUUACAUCGGUUUGAGGAAUUUGUUAAAAUGCAAAUAUCUCUUUGCCGUUAGUGAAAUUACGAAUUUUUACCCUAUAUUUUAAAACGGUUUUGAAACAAACCAAAGAUAAACGUUUUGAGUAAUUCGAUUUCGAGCCAAGUACAUAGGUAAAGUUUAUGACGAACCUAGUGAGAAGUUUGUUCACGAUGCGAAGUGUUAACAGCCAGUUUAGACGAAACGGUAUCUUGAUCGAUUUCUUGAUCUUACUUUCUUUAUUUAUCUAUUUUAUAAUAUGCAUGUGAAUACGUUUUCCACCAUGUUUCGAUAUUAUAGUGGUCAGAGAAAAAGGAGCAUCAAAAGAUAUUGGAUACAUCCUGUUGUGAAAGAUAGGUAUCAAUUAGAUUCCUAUCAGAUUCCUAUCAGAUUCCUAUCAUAUCUCUAUUAAGUACAGAUGAAAUGAAAUUUUCGUAUGUCAAUGCCUAUAACUAUGAGACUAGCAUUAAUCACGAAGUUAUGGCAUGAUUAAGAACAGUUUUUAAUUCUUAUUAUUGUACACAAUCAUUAUAUACAUUAUACAUAUUAUAUAUAAUCUAAUUUUUAAAAUUGCAUUAAACACUACAUUAAACAUUACACUAAACACUAAUUUUUAAAGUUACAUUAACCCUCUGCUUGCAGUAUGGUUCUUCGAGUCCCAGAUGAAAUUUUUGUUAUUUAAUUUCUGCGAAACGAAAAUGUCAAUCUUCGUGGUUCCUGCAUUUAAAAAAGUUUGCAACUACAAGGUCUUGACUACGCAAACACUGUUUACUUCAUUCAAUUCAGUUCUGAAUACCAUGAGGGUAAAAUGAGCAUUGUACCUUCAGCGAACUAUAUUGCCAUCCACAUCAGUAUUUUGCUAAGUGAAUCUUUUUAAAUGCGUAAUUUUUUUUUAUCUUGUUACAUAUAUCAAUUCCUUGGUGACCGCCUAAGUGUCUUGUAUGAUUCCUAUAUUUCUCUUACAUUAGUAAGUAUGACAUAUGAAACCCCCUUUUUUCGACGCGUGUCUCAUAUCAUUUUUCAAUAAUAAAUAAUCUACACAAAAAUCCCGCAAAUUUAGAUCUCAAAAUAAUUAUACUAUUCUAAGAUUGAUAAAUUUCUCUUUCGAAAUAUUAUAAUCUUAUGGGUAGAACCCAACAAUAUCAUCCUUUAAAUAUUUGUUUAAUACAGAACUGUAUACCUUGAAACAAAUUCCCAUUUUUUCAUAACUUUCCGUCAAAUUUUUAUUUUCAUUGCAAGAAGAUUUAGACAUUUGGCUAAAAUGUCCUUUGUAUAGUAAACUAAGGAUUAUAAUAAGUACUUGAGAAUUUUUCAGAUUUGUUGAAGUCCAAAACAAUAAAAAACCAUAUCAGAGACUGAAAGAGCUGAUCGCGUUAGUAUAAGCCAUGUUGCGGGCGGAGGGUUAAGUGCAAAUAUUGAAAUUAGAAAUGAACUAGAUCCCUAAAUGACAAUAAUUUUUAAAUUGUUGAUAAUCGAAUUUUGACAGAUACAUCAUGUGCUAUAAUUUAUUCGUUCAUAAGAUUCAUUUGUUGAUUAUUUAGAGGGAUUAUAUGUUAGAUAUGUGGCUUAUGAUAGAACAGUGAUUAUAUUUAUAUGUGCAGUUUCAUAGCUUUCUUUGUUAAGUUUAUAAACUUUCGCUUGAAAUUCUAAAAUUUCAUCAUUGUUGAAUAUAUGUAAUGAUGGUAAAAGACAUUUAAAACAUGAAAUAUGACAAAUAUUUUCUUCAUUUCUGGGAAAAAUUAUUUUUCUGAUCUAUUAAUUACAUCAUAAUCUUCUUCUAAUAAAUUAUAUAUUUCCAGGCUACAUCUUUUAAAUUUUUAUCUUUAUAUAAAUUUGUUCUUUUAUCUCAUCUAAUGUGUCUUCGUUCCGCCAACGAAAUUCAAAAUUCCCUAUUCAUUUCUUCCAUUUUCCACGUUUUAGACACACUUUAUACUAUACCAUGAUUCUUCUAUAAGUACGGAAAAAAAAAGAACACGCAUCGAUCGAUUCGAUUUUAUUGCCAGAUCAUCUUAUACAUUGACAAAACCAAAUAUCGAGAGCGAGUGCGUUAAUACACAAACAAUCGGAAGAUGUCAUAGUGACAGCUAUUACACACUAUACCGAAUACAAUUAAUUCAUAUGUUUGGAAGUUGAACGUGCGGCUAAAAUAUAGAAAUGUGUGAAUGCUGCUAGAUAUUGUAAAAAACCACAUUGUCCGAACUGGCUGUAGUUAGUACGUAGUUUUUUAGUGAAGAUUGCUGCGGGAACGUGAAAUUUUUCAAAAUUAAUGAAUUUGAAACCGAGAGUUAAUUUUCAAUUCGAGGAAGGCAUGAGAAUUUCCUUCUAUGUUUGUAGAUAAAUCAGUCUUGUUGUUGUUACAUUCGUGAGUAUCGAAGAGUAAGCGAUUUAUAAUUGAAAGUUUGCCUUCCCAAAAUAAUAUUUUUGUAAACAUUAUUUGUACUCAGAGUUAUAUAUACAUAUAUACAUGUAAAUUAAUAAUAUAAUGUAUAGAAGAUAUAUCUAUAUACGUAUGUAUACAUAGUUACAAUAUCACACGUAUAUAUAAAGAAUAUAUAAGAUAAUUAACAACAUAGUUAAUCGCGCACGUGUUAAGAUGCACACGCGUAAUAUUCACAAAAGAACGAGUCAUGUUAACCCCUAUAAUUAGUCGUAGCUAAAAGAUUUCUAUUGAUGUCACACGAUACGAGACUCUACGAUUUUCGAGAAUGUUUCGUCAUGACGUUUUAAGAUAGUCUACUACUUAAAUCUAGAAAUAAAGAGGAAGAGAAGAAAAUAAAAAAGAUAAAAAAAUGGAUGCAGUUGCAAAAACAGACAAUACUUAUUACUAUAGUAACUUCGUAAAACAAGAAAAGAUAAUCAAGUAGUGAGAGCAUUAAUCUAACCAGUUAUGACUAAUAAUAAUUGUUUCAGUUGAUCGAUUAAUCAUUGUUCAUGGGUCAACCGAUUGUUUUAUACGCUUGAAGAAAAUGCACGAGUUUCCAAAGCCUUUUUGUUGUAAAAUUAUUUUGCAUUGCUAAUUAUAUAUCGCGUUUUUAGAUUUCUUUACACCGCAUAUUUGUUUAUUUCAAAUUAUUUAUUUUCAUUGCUUUGUUGAAAUGAUAUUUUUGGAUUUAUAGGAUUCUUGGAACGAUAGUGAUUAUUUUCAAGCAAUUGUUUAAUUACAGAUAUUAUAAUACGUGAGUAUUCUGAAAUACUUUUAGAAGUUCAACAUUCGUUUACCUUAUUAUUUUAAGUUCAAUGUCGUAUUAUAUCUUGACGUAUUAUAUGUAUAUACAUAUAAUUACUUUGGUACUUUAUUUCUUUUGUUUGUUAAAUUUAUAUAAUGAAUGCCUUUAAUUAAAUAAGUAUUAUUGUAACGGAUGGGCUAACUAGAAGCACACAAUUUUACAAUUUCAUAUGUAUCAGUCAACUUUUACUUCCGAAUCAAGCAGAUUUGCACGAUGUUACAGAGUUAUGAACGCGAAAAAAUGAAGAAAAUGAAAAAGGUUAAUCUUUGAAAUUCGUAGAGAUGAAGAAAAUUUUUAAAUGCACAUUUUUCUACAUUUGAACUAUAUUUGAACCACGAACAUGAAUUAUGAAUUUUCUUUAAAACUCUUUAGAAUUUUUUUGUAUUUGUUUUUUAAUAAUUGUAUUUCAUAUCUUUAAUAUUUCCAAACUUUAUCGCAGAAUGAAUAAACAUUAUACCUUGAAAAUCAUUGGAUCUCAAUACAUUGUACAAUAUAACAUCCAUUCUAUUCAAAUUACCCUUUUCUUUACGAAACACAUGUUUAUCGUAUUUUUUCUUUGAAAAUUCAAUUACUCUGCAUAUAAAACUACAUAAGAUAUUUAAAUCUACAUCGUGCUCCAAAUGAAGUGUUACAAGCCGUUUUCUUAAAAAUCAGUGAAGAUGCUGACUUCAUUUUUGGUAUAAAAAAUGCUAUAGGAGAGCUAAUCUUUUAGUGUAAAAAGCGACUUUUACGGUGAGAAAGAGUCCUAAAUUGUUUUAAAUGGUAGAUGAUAUUAAUUUUUUGUUACUCAGAUAGUUUUUAUCAAACUCAAUAACAUUUACUUGAACUAUUUUUUUUUUUCUAUCGCACACAAUUAUGAUUUAUGGCGAAUAUUUUGUUGACGUUUUGCUUGUUAUGAACAUGUCAUCAAUAUCGGUUACUCCAUGAAUAUUAUCAAAUGUUCAAGAGAGUAGACGAGUUAUUAAUAAGUCUCUAAGAAAUCUAAAAAUAUGAUUUUGAACAUUUAGUAAAAAAAUUAUUCCGAUAUUUUUCAUUUUCUUCGCCUCAUUUUCACUUCCUCAAUAUUUCUCUCCAGAACAAAUUUUUCAAUAUAAUUCGGUAACUAUGCAUAAUAAAAAAAUGGUUCAAGUAAAUGGUAUUCAGUUUGAUAAAAGUAAUCCAAAUAGCAGAACAUUAAUAUCACCUCCCAUUUUAAAAAAUCUAGGGGCUCUCCUUUUCUCUCUAAAUAUCGCCCCAAAAAAUGGGUUUCGCACUAAAAGAUUGGUACCUCCUGUACUACUUAAUUAUAGGAAAAAUGAAAUUGAUAUUCAUUAGUUUCUGAAAAAAUUUCUUCAUAACAUAUCUUCUAAAGAUCUAUAUAAUUACUGUAUUUUCAAUUUAAGGCAGACUUUUAUAAAUCUAUUUCAUUUUCAAAUUAUAUAUUUAUCAACAUUAUCAUACUAUUGGAUUCGUGUAUAUAAAUCUGAAGCAUCAUAUGUUUACAUCUUCUGUUACGUACAUAUCUCCCCUGAUAUAAUCUCAGGCGUGAAUUUGGGAAGCGGAAGUGAAAGAAAAUACUGUAAGGUGAUACGUGAUGAAAGGAAGAUGCGAAUUUCUUCGAUCAAAUUAAAUCUUCCGAAAUAUCGGUCGCGAUUUUCGCGAAAUUGAAAUGUAGAAAAUUCUUAUAGCGUUAUGCAAGAGAAAUGAUAAUAUGGAAUACCAAAUAUCGAGUAUGUUUUGUAGUAGGCUUUUUUUAGUGACAAAACUUCGUUACAUGCUAACGAUCCAAGAAAAUAGAUGUGAUGAUCUAAUAAUAGAUUGCGAAUUUUUAUGCAUUUGUAGGAAAUUUAUGGGAAAUGUGUAAAAAUUCGCAGAAUGCAGAUAAUAUGCAAAAAUAUAUAAAGCAUUCAAAGCAGGUUCGUUAUAACGAGUGGACAUGUUAUAACAGGUAACGGAUUACCAUAAUCUCUACUUAGAUUUCAUUUCUAAAUUACGUUUUUAAAUACAUAAAUUUCCAUAAAUAUCCACAGUCCAGGUAUACAAAUCUGUAUAUUGUUAAUAUUUUCAAUUUAUAUAUGCGUAAAUAUAUAAUAUAUAAUGUAUAACAUAGUAUACAAUAAUAAUAAUAAUAUAUAAUAUAAUAUUUAUAUUAUAUUAUUAAUAAUAAUAUGUAUUAUUAUUUAUAUAUUAUAUUAUAUAUUUUUAUAUAUAUUAUUAUAUUAUACAAUAUAUAUAUAUAUAUAUAUGUAUGUAUGUAUGAUAUGUCAUAUUCUAUUGAUGUUUUCGAUAUUAUUUAUAUAUUGGAAGAAAACUAUUUAUAUAUCAAAAAUAUUACUUUAAAUGUCUAUUAUUUUGGGAUAAUUGUAUGCCGAUGAGAACCUAUUCGAUACAAGAAUCUUUAUAGAUUUUGAUCUUAAUUUCUACGAGUCUCUAUGCGUUUGCGAAGAAUAUACAAUUCAGGAAUAUACGAUUAAUAGUAUGUAAUUUAUGAAAUUAAUGACAAUGUUUGAGUUACCAGUAAGUUUCCACAUUAUCACUUCCCCUUCGGUAUUUAAUUUUAACUCAUUUUGUUAGAUUCUUAAUUCUCACUAAUGAUAAUGUCACUGUGUAUUGUAUACUCAAAAUUUAAAUAAACCUUAGUCUGCUACCGAAA